AAACACCGAUUGUUCGGCAUACGUUUUCUAGAAAAAAUAACAUUCAUUUACAUUUUUUGCUGUAUUCGCUACAAUAGCAUCCUGUUUGUUUGAAUACGAUUCUCAGUUUGUGAAAGUGUUUACAUUUUCGACCGAAACUAGAGGAGUUCAAGAGCUGCGUGUAAGCUAUGGCAGUAGAACCGAUUAAUUCCAGAGUUUACGUUGGAGGUUUGGGAGACCAAGCUACAUUGCAAAAUUUGGAAGAGCUCUUUAAAGAUUUCAAGCCCUACCAAGACCUAUCGUUGCUGCGUGGAUUUGGGUUUAUUCAAUUUCACGACGAGCAGUCCGCACAGAAAGCCAUUAAAGCAAUGAACGGAAAAGUGUUCAAAGGACGGAAGCUUAAUGUGAAAAUAGCGAAUGAUAACCGAGCGAAAAAAGGUCUGCUACCCAGAGGCCAUCCCGCAUCAGGCCCUGUUACCAACCGCGAUCGCUCGCCAAUCGAUGGUGCGUUGCUCCACGGUAGACCCGGAGAUCCGUAUGGCCAUGCAGUGGGCAAACGAGGAUACCUAGCCCAGCCAUACAGCGUGGCGGACUUAAGUAGUGUCUAUCCGGAGACUACUAUCGGGCCGGCACCUCAUCGUGGGGCGGAGAGUAAUGACUGCGAAAUCAUCGUUGUUACCAAGGAACUCACUGCUUACGCGGAAAGUAUCGAGGCACGACUGAAACGCGCCGGAAUGACUGUGGAUCUACUGUUUCCUAACAAUGAUGUUCCGAUUGGAAAAGUACUCGCUAACAGAGCAUCGCAAGGCACCUUUUAUUGCAUUGUAAUUACUCCAGAGAAUCAAGAACGAAACAGCAUUACCGUGAACGUAUUGUACGGAAUCCCAGCAGAGCACCGUAACAUGCCAACCGAGGACGCUAUAAAUUUUAUCAUUAAAAAUUUUGCGGAAAAACAACGACAAGAACGCGCACCACAAUUGCCGGGUCAUACUUUUCACCUGGGCGGAACUGCCGCACCACAGCCUGUACAACCGUUGGAACUGCACAGUGUGCCGCCUACUCAAGACAAGCAUCCUGAAGCGGUGCAGAACAUGAUCAAUCUACUCGCCGCCAACCGGCCCCUGACAGUGCUGCAAUACGAACGCCUUAUAAAGUAUCUAACGGAACGUAAGGAAACCCAAAUACGCCUUGAAUUGGGCGAAGAUGUUGAUACUAGCACGGCGUCCGCAUUGAUACCUCCAAUCAUAGUGCCGACAAAGUCGAAAAUGGAAACGGAAAGGGAGCUUCAGAAGAAGAUUCUGGAUAUCAUGAACAAGCCAUCAAUAAUCGGGUUUGCCAAGUCGUCCAAUACAUUUGAUCAUGUAUCAAGCGAGGGCAAAUUCAAUUCAACUGCGCUGCCCACAUCGGUUCUUCUGCAUGAUGUCAAAGUUCAACGUGCUCUGGAUACGCUGCUACAAAGCCAGCUUGGUCAUUUCAAUAGUGGCUACAGGAUUUAAGAUCUAUUCAUUCCUCACAACUUCAUUAAAUAAAGGCAUGUUCCAUUGA